ACCAUGUGUACCGGAUCCGCAGAAUGUCCAUGCUUGCUGAACCUCGUCGUAAACAGAAGUGGUCCGUAGACCCGAGGAACAGCGCAUGGAGCAAAGAUGAGUCGAAAUUCGGGCAGAAGAUGCUGGAACGAAUGGGCUGGUCUAAGGGAAAGGGUCUUGGCAAAAGCGAGCAGGGCGCAACAGAGCACAUCAAAGUUAAAGUGAAGAACAACAACAUGGGUUUAGGUACCACGGUCUAUAACGAGGAUAAUUGGAUUGCCCAUCAAGAGGAUUUUAAUCAGCUACUUGCUGAACUCAACAACUGCCACAGACAGAACCCUGAAGAACCCACCCAGGAAGAGAUGCAAGGUUUCAGUCUGGAGAAAAAAUCAAAGACCUCUAAAAAGAGGGUCCAUUACAUGAAAUUCACCAAAGGAAAGGACCUAUCAAAUCGCAGUGAGACAGACCUUGCUUGCAUCUUUGGGAAACGAUUAAAGCAGACGAGCAAUCAGGAUGAGUCCAGCAAUGGUUGUGAUUCUCAGGAGGAGAAAGAACAGGACAGCAGUGAGCAGGACCAGCCAGCCCACCCAGAGAUGGAGCUCAGCACGGUGACCAGCACCCUGACCAUGCAGGAGUACUUUGCGCAGCGGAUGGCUCGGCUAAAGACAGGCUGUGGCAAGAGUCUCUCGGCUGCCUCCUCUCCAGGGAACACGCCCGCAUCCACUGAGCCCUCCCCCAACCAUAGCGACAUGGAAGAGCGCAAUGAGAAGAAGAAGAAGAAGAAGAAGAAGAAGAAGGAGGUGACUGAAGAGGUUGUUGAUGAAAAGCAGGGUGAUUUGGAGAGGAGGAAGAAGAAGAAGAAGAAAAAGAACAAACAAGGGGUGAGGGAGUUCGGCAUCCCGACAGCUGGGGAAGACACCGGGGAUGUGGAGGCCCUUUCUCCAGACAAAAGGAAGAGCAAGAGGAAAGACAAAGGAACCACUUCUCGCACACCUCCAGAUUCAGCCAAUGAACACAAUGCAGCAGGAAUAGUGAUGGACAGGGAAUAUUCUGAUAAAAAGUGUGAAAAGAGGAAGAGGAGAGAACAGGUGGAAGAGCAGGCAGAAGUAGUUGUUGAAGAAAAGAAACCAAAAACGGCAAAGAAGAAGGAUCAUUAGGGCUUUUUAUGACAUUACACUUUAUCAUACAAACACAUCGAUGCUAGGAAUGAAUUUAGCGGACUGAUCAUUAUUGGUCUACAGUUUUAGUAGAGAUUCUUCUAGAAAACCUAACUGUGUGUAUAAUAAUGUAAACACUGAUAAAAUGACACAUUUUACAGCGUGAUUUGAUUAAGUAAUUUUAUCAAAUUUUGCAAAGGCAUCCCAUGUAAAUGCAUUUCAUGAAUAAAUGUGGUUUUGCUCUGCAACUGCAACCCACAUUUACAAACUUUUGACCUCUUUAGAAACUUUGAUUUAAAAACCAAUGACUUCUUUAUAUGCAGGUUUCCUACGGAUAUCUUUAAGCAUAGCACAAGAGUUACAGAGUUUGUGGCAAUUUAAUAGUAAAUAUUUUAGUGAUGCAAUAAUUUCAAAAUUAACGUAUACCAGGGCAGUUUAAUAUUUUAUCUUUGUUUUUCAAAUAGUCCCACAUUGCAAUUUUUCUCUUCCUGUGUUAUUGGGCAGACUAUAGCGCGGCCCAUAAAAACUGUCUACUAUUCUUAAAAACGAAUAAUGUUUUGCACACAUCAGUUGUGCAAUGCAGAUGAUCCUGCUCUUGCUCCGCUGAGAUUGUAAAUCUGACAGUUUUUGAAUGUGGACUUUUUUUUUUUUUCCUCAUGAGAUGACCUUCAAAGCACAACAGACUCAGUUUUGAAGAACAAUAAAUGUGAUAUUAAAUGCAGCUCUAA